CGCACCUCCGCCACUCCCACGUUAUAAACGUCAUAUCAUUUCAAUUGUACAUAGGGAAGGAGUAUUAUCAUUUUUCUUUCGCUUUCUCGGACGGUGAUGGCGUCGAAAUCAUGUCUAGUUUUUAUUCUUCUUAUUUGUUUCGUGUUGAAUUCGUUUUCAAAACCGGCUCAUGAAGAAAAUGGUUUCACAUCUUGGGUGAUGCGUUUAGAAAGCGACGUACGAAACAGAAUAUUGUCAACUGGUCUUUGUUCAGUUUGUAAACUAUUGGCGUUUGUCGCUCAAAUUGCGCUCUUAACAAACAAAAUCGAGGCAGACGUGGUAUAUGAAGGACGUUUGUUAUGUAAGGAACUGAAGAUAGAGGAUUCACGAGUUUGUACCGAUGUUAUCUCAGAGUUUCGAAACGAAAUAUUGACAGUCGCCGACAAAGCGUUUCUCGAUCCCAUUGAACUUUGUGGAAGUCUGUUAGGUCCUUCGUGCGCUCAUGCCAGAGAUCUUGGGGAAUUUUGGAAUUUAACCGUGCCUGGAAAUAAGCCGCCAGUUAAACCUGUUCCUCCUCCAAAGCCUGGCUCACCAGUUUCCCGUGUGUUACACUUUUCUGAUGUUCAUCUUGAUCACCUGUAUCAAGAAGGGAGUGACCCUGAUUGUGGCGAGCCUCUGUGUUGUCGCAAAAAUGAUAAGCCUCCAGCACCUGGGAAGCCCAAAGCAGGAAAAUAUGGAGACUAUCAGUGUGAUAUUCCUGCAAUAACUUUUGAAAGUAUGUUGCAGCACAUCAGCAGUACACAUCAGGACAUUGAUUAUGCAAUUUGGACAGGAGACAUUCCUCCACACAACAUUUGGAACCAGUCACGUUCAGAUCAGAAAGAGGCAAUUAACUAUGCCAGUCAACUUUUAGAGAAAUAUAUGCCAGGAGUGACAAUAUUUCCUGCUGUUGGCAACCAUGAGGGUGCACCAGUGAAUAGCUUCCCUCCACCAUUUAUUACUGGUGAUAACUCAAAUCAGUGGCUCAGAGAUGCUUUAGCUAAUGACUGGAUCCAAUGGCUUCCAAAUGAUACAAUUCCUACAAUUCACAAAGGAAUCUUCUACACAGUCUAUAUGUCAAAAGGAUUUAGGAUAAUUUCAAUCAACAUGAACUACUGUAACAAUAUGAACUGGUGGCUUUUAAUCGAUAACUAUGAUCCUGCUCAUCAACUGCAGUGGUUGAUAGACACUCUACAAGAAGCUGAAGACAAUGGUGAAAAGGUUCACAUUAUUGGCCAUAUUCCUCCUGGCAGUGGUGACUGUCUGACGCCUUGGAGCUGGAAUUACUACAGGAUUAUAAAUCGUUAUGAGAGUACGGUCACAGCCCAGUUCUUUGCUCAUACACACCUUGAUGAGUUUGAAAUCUUUUAUGAUGAAAAGACUAGGAAAAGACCCACAAACAUUGCCUAUAUUGGACCAAGUGUUACAACUUACCAACAACUUAACCCUGGAUACAGGAUUUAUGAAGUGGAUGGUGAUUAUGUAAACAGUUCUAGGGUAAAAUGAACUCUCCAUUUUUUAUUACUUUUUGUGUGUGUGUGUGUGCCAUAAUUAGCACCACCCUGUAAAUGAGGUUUCCCCUCCCCCCUUAUCAGUCAUCAUUUAAAGUAAAAGAAUCAGUCUAUGUUAAAACAUUUAAUGAGUGAUAUGUAAUUGGCUAUAAGUUUGAAAAAAUUUAACAAGUGCUAUCCCUUAAUAAGGCACCCCCUUCAAUAAGCGCUGGCUUGUUACCUAAAUCUGAAAGUACUGUACUUCCUUGAUUAAGAGCAAAUUUUGGCUAAAAGGAGGGGUGCUGAUUGGAAAGAGGUUGCUGAGGAGGGUGGUUAUUAUUCUCUUGUACUGAUUCUGCUUUAUUUGAAGCCUAAAAAGUGAUAAAUGAAGUAAAGUGCCAGUAGAAACAGGUUUUCCUUGUAGCUAUAUUAUUUAAGGUGAGAGAGGAGGGGGGGAGGACUAAUUCAAGAGGGCUACCAGUUUGUUAUAAUGACCAAGGGAGUGGGCACCUAUUUGGAGGAGGUUGCUUAUCAGGGCGUGGGUGCUUAGUCAGAGAAUACGGUAUGUACCCUGGGCACCAUAUGAAAGAUUUAUUGUGCAUAUAAUAUGUAGGAACUUGAUGUGUUGGUGUUUCUUAUGUCUCUACAUCAAUUAGGUACAGUACUGA